AUGACGAGCAUUGUUCUGCCGGAUUGUCGCGCGGAUUUCCGUGCAAAAAUAAUCGCAAAAUGGAUCGAUGUUGCUAGAUUUUUUGUUGGCGCACCGUCUACAGAUCAGUUUUUUUUCUGUUUUUUUAGCACAUCAGUAUCGCAAUUUCGAGAAUUAGCAUCAAUAUUUGAUGCAGACGAUAAUGGUGAGGAGCGACGUGCCCGACAGAUUCUUGAAGAGGAAGGAACGGCAAAAAGCUCUCCAUUAAGGCGGCCACAACUCAUCCAGAAUUGUCGUCGAACAAAAAGUGAUGUUAAUUUGGCAGAAUCACAGGGAACUGUACCAUAUUUGGGAACGUUUCUCACUGAUCUUGCCAUGAUCGAUCAUGCCAAUCCAGAUUUCACCGACGAAGGGAUGAUAAAUUUUGAAAAACGCCGAAAAGAAUUUGAAAUUAUUGCGAAAAUUCGGCUUUUUCAAUCUGCUUCACGUGCUUAUAAAAUUCCAAUGGAUAUGGCAUUUUGUUCGUGGUUUUGCUUUCUUCCGGCACUGGACGAAAAUCAGUGGUUGGUUCCCUAUCGAUACAGUUUGUUUUGA